AGACGCUGCAUCUUGAAGUUGGACGAUCUCCUCCGUGCAAUAAGCAGUGUGGACCAGGGUCUGGAAACAAAACCUCCAUCUAACAUUGAUCUGAAGGAAGAGAUGGCCAAGAGAGAAGACAGUGAAAAGAUAGUCAUCAACGUUGGUGGCAUACGGAAUGAAACCUAUAAGAGCACCCUUAAGAGCUUGCCCGGCACCAGGUUGGCCCUCUUAGUGGAAUCUGUCUCAGAUGAUGAUAAUGCAGAGCCAGGUUCAGUCAGCGAGUUUUUCUUUGAUCGAGACCCAGGUAUGUUUACCUACAUACUAAACUACUACAGGACUGGAAACCUCAAUUUCCCACCCAAGGCUUGUGGAUGCCUGUUUGAGAAGGAGCUGGCCUUCUGGGGGAUCAAGGAGACAGACAUGGAGCCCUGCUGCUGGGUGUCUUACAGUACUCACAGGGACAGAAUUGAAGCCCUCCGCAAACUGGGACCAUCUGAUCCAGAGCAACAGGACAGUCGGAACCUCCUUCUGCUCAGCCCUGAGCGCAGUCAGGCUACAUGCAUGUCAAAGACAUGGGCCCUUUUUGAUGAUCCACACUCAUCCAUGGCUGCAGAGAUCAUUUCUGUCAUAUCCCUCAUCUUCCUCCUGGUCGCCAUCAUCAACACCUGUGCUGGUACACAUCCGUUUUUGGAGGAAUACCAGAUCCCUUUAUUCGUGGUGGAGGCUGUUUGCACAGUAUGGUUCACCGUUGAGUUCCUGGUUCGUGUCAUCUGCUGCCCAGACAAGCUGCUCUUCAUCAAGAAUCCGCUUAACACCGUGGACUUUGUGGCCAUCCUUCCUUUCUACAUUGAAGUGAGGCCUGAAGUCCUCUCCUACACCACCAGGAACGCACUGGGAGUGGUGCGAGUUGUGCGGUUUCUGCGUCUCCUGCGGGUUUUCAAGCUGAUGCCGGAUGUUGUGUGUGUACAGGUUCUGGGACACACUCUGCGGGCUAGCCUGGGCUGCUACGUCAUCCUCUCUGCUUCCCUGGCAGUGACCUCAUUCAUGUUUGGCUCCUUAAUCUACUUUGUUCAAGAAAUUUCAGUUGGUGGAGAUGGAUACAUGGAUAAUGUUUCCCUUGGUGCCUGGUGGGCAGUGGUAUCCUUGACCACCCUUGGCUACGGUGAUCUCAUUCCAGUAGGCUGGCCUGGCAUGAUAGUUGGAGGCCUCUGUGCGGUGACAGGUGUACUGUUCCUUGCCCUACCUGUUCCUGUCUUGGUGAACAACUUCAGAAUAUACCACAAGUUGGUUACAGCUAAACGUAAACUGUCACUGAAGAAGAGGUACCCUGACCUGAGUGUUCCAGAGGCCACAACCUCCAGGAAUUUGGAUCAUGAAUGCCCACUGGUGACUGAAUCAAUCCACUAAGGUGGGACCAUGAAUCUUUUCCUGAAACGCAUGUCAUGUUACGAUUUUAAACAGUUCAAAAAAUUAUAAAAUAUAUUCACAAAUAAUGAAUUGAUUGAAAAUAAAAUGAUGAAGUAUCUUAAAUACUUUAUGAUGUUUAUCCCUUCACAUUGUGUAAUUAAGCACAGAAUUGAUCUAUUCUCCAAUUUAUAACGCAAACUGGCCUUACUAUCAGCCAGGGCUUUUUAAAGUGAGUAAGUUGAAGGGUGAAAAGGCACAGAACCCUGUUACUGAUCUCUCUGAUCAACUGAAGAUAAUGAAAACAUGAAUCAUGAACAAUCAUCUUCUGCCAUUCAAAGGAUUUUAAACUGAAACACUCAAAGCCAGCAGGCACUGUGUCAAAUCUGUUCUCUCUUCCUCUCCGUCUGCUAAUGACAGAUGUACUGUACUCAUCAGCACAGUGAUAAGAAUGAUGAUUCCUCCUGGCAGGUGGCUCUAGGUGUGAAGGUAAAAGCAUCUGCACUGUAUAACCAUGGGUGAGGCUGCCAAUGAACUGUAGUGCCUUGACUACCACCAUGACUGCACCCCAGAUCACAGAAACUGGCAAAAAUGCAGGCGAGUGUAGCCCACUCAAUAUAAAUUAGAUUUCUAUGCCUAUGAAUAGUACGCAUUAUUUUAAUCUCAUGAAAAUGAAAUCAGUGAUGGUGUUGAUAAAGUUAUUUGUUUAUAUACUGUUUGAUAACUAAGCAAAAGUAACCAUUUGUGAUUGCCAAAGAACUCUAUGACUUAACACUUCACCAUACUGUGACAGAAUUAGAAAGUCACAGGAAGUAAAUUAACAACAGCUGAAUAUUGACUUGUUUGGUGAUACACUUAUUAACAAAAUAAUAUUUGUUUGUUACUACAUUGGUUACAGGGUCCAUUUUAUCACUCAAAAUAAAAAUGUAAUGCUUAAAUUGUGGUAUGAGCCUUUUAAUAUGCUCCAUAAUUAUUGUCACCCUUAAUAAAAAUGAAGAAAAUAUUGAUAAACACAUAACUGUGGCACGAAUGGUGCAGUGGGUAGCACUGCCACCUCACAGCAAGGAGGUCCUGGGUUCGAAUCCCAGUCGGCCGGGGCCUGUCUGUGUGGAGUUUGCAUGUUCUCCCCGUGUUUGCAUGGGUUUCCUCCGGGUACUCCGGUUUUCUCCCACAGUCCAAAGACAUGCAGGUUAGGCUGAUUAAAUUGACUAAAUUGCCCAUAGGUAUGAGUGUGUGAGUGAAUGGUGUGUGUGUGCCCUGCGAUGGACUGGCAACCUGUCCAGGGUGUAUUCCUACCUUUCGCCCAAAAUAUGCUGGGAUAGGCUCCAGCCCCCUGCGACCCUGUUCAGGAUAAGCAGGUUUGGAUAAUGAAUGAAUGAAUAAACACGAUAUGUUAUCAAAUAUAUGGGAAAACUACAUACUUUUAUUUCGAUACA